AACAUACUAAAAAAUGGGUCCACGUAUGGGAAGAAGAAGAAGGAGCAAAAUGAUCGAUCCAACGAAAGUACUGUACAAUGUUGUGUUUAGCUUUACCCUCUGCAUGUGUUUGGUCUUUCGUCCAUGUCCGACACUACAUACACUCUUUGAAAAGUUAAAAAAAAGGCACUCUCACAUUCUUCCACCUCUCUCUCUCUCUCUCUCUCUCUCUCUCUCCUUCCUUUCUUGGCUCUUUUAUUUUCUUUGUUUGCACUCAUUCUCCGCACUACACGGCAUCAUUCUCGGAGCCCAAGUUUCAUCAGGGCACACAGGCUCGAAACAACCUCUCUCUCACAGAGAGAGAGAGAGUCGCAACUCUCGCAGAGUUGAUUUAAAUUCGGAUGCGAACGGAUUUACCAUGAUCUCUUCUGCCACCCCUGUUGUUGAACCUUGAACUAUAGAGAGAUUAAAGAACAUUUGCUUGAUCGAAAUCAGGAUAUAUGGAGGAAAGGAAACUGAAUUUGAAUGCGCCUUUUCUGUCUGUGAGACGAAUUGCUACAACACCAGUGAUCGCAGAUGGAGAGAAAGAGAAGAUAAUGCAGAGGCCCGAUGGGCGGCAUACUCUUCCUUCUUACAAAUCAGACUUUCGUUUGGAGCAGGUGACAGAACCGGUUGCAGUUCCUUUUCACUGGGAGCACAUCCCCGGAAAAGCCAAGGAAGACAAUGAGGCAGAGCUUCAGCCUACAGAGGAGGCUUCAGUUACUCCUAGGCUUCCCCGGGGAAAGCUUAUGGAUGUUACAAAACAUAAUUCAGAAAGGGCCUAUGGAGAUCAAAAUGAGGCUAGAUCACCCCACUUUAAAGCGUAUUCUUUGAAAAAAAAUGUGAAGGAGUUGAAGUGCUCGAAAGAUGUAACAAACGAGAGACUGGCCUUGGAAUUACAGAAUGAGGAUGAUGUUUAUUCGGAUGCACUUGAGACGAUUUCCCCUACGAAGUCUUUCUCAUUGAACUGUAGUGCAAGUUGUCUCAGUCAAUCCGAAAGUGCAGACGUGAAGCCAUCUAGACCCUCCGCUAUUGAUCCACAAGCCCGGGAUUUCAUGAUGAAUCGAUUCUUACCUGCAGCCAAGGCAAUGUCUUUGGAGACACCUCACGCUGCAAAGAAGCAGCCCUUACCUAAGGAACAAGUAUCUCAAAUGGAACUGCAACACGGACAAUACGAAGAGGAAAAAGAAAGUGAAGGAGAAGAUGACGAUUACGAUCCCUCUGGCUCUGUUUCAGCGAAGGGUUGUGGGUUGUUUCCCCGGUUGUGCUUGCGAAACUCUUUAUGCCUCUUAGGUCCAAUUCCAGGGAUGAAAGUUAAGACCCGGGGUCUCAUGUCUUCGUCCUCAAAGGUUGCAAGACCAGAAAAAUCUACUUAUGGUCGGUCUCACAGCCAACAACUCAACAAGCAUGCUUGGGAUGCUGCUUAUAAGCGCAAAUCAAACUGUGGAGUCCAAUCAGGUGAAUUGCUGAAGUUGGAGAAUAAGAAGGCUGGUGAGUCCAAUCGCUUUACUCAUUCUGGUGAUCUAAAGAAAGGUAGGUCAUCUCCCUUCGGGAAUUCACGAAGUGCUUGUAUAUCCCCUUACCGGAAUAGAGCACCUUGUGGAGUCAAAUCAGCAGAAUUUCAGAAGUUUGACUAUAAUCAGGCUGGUGAAUCCAGUCGCUUUACACUCGCUGGUGAUCUAACAAAAGGUAGGUUAUCUCCCUUGAGGCAUUCACGAAGUGCUUGCAUAUCCCCCUACCGAAAUGGAGCACCUUGUGGAGUCAAAUCAGCUAAACUGCCGAAGUUUGAGUAUAAGCAGGCCAGUGAAUCCAGUCACUUUACACACUCUGGUGAUCUCAAGAAAGGUACACUGUCUCCCUUGAGGCAUGUACGAAGUGCUUGCAUAUCCCCCUAUCGAAAUGAUGCCCCUCAUGGAGUCCAUUCAGCUGAACUGCAGAAAAUUGAGUAUAAGCAGGCUUGUGGAUCCAGUCUUCUUACACAUUCCGGUGAUCUAAACAAAGGUAGGUUAUCUCCCUUGAGACAUUCACGAAGCACUUGCAUAACCCCCUAUCCGAAUGAAGCACCUCGUGGGUUCCAUUCAGCUGAAAUGCAGAAGUUUGAGUAUAAGCAGGCUUGUGAAUCCAGUCGCUUUGCACAUUCUGGUGAUCUAAAUAAGGGUAGGUCAUCUCCCUUCAGGCAUUCACGUAGCACUUGCAUAUCCCCUUACCGAAAUGUAGCACCUCUUGGAGUCCAUUCAGCUGAACUGCAGAAGUUAGAGUACAAGCAGGUAAGUGAGUCUAGUCGCCAUACACAUUCCGGUGAUCUAAACAAAGGGAGGUCAUCUCCCUUCAGGCAUUCACGAAGUGGUUGCAUAUCCCCCUAUCGAAAUGAAGCAACUAAGUCUCCAUUUCCGGGAGUAGGAUUUCUUGGCAUUCCCAGAGAAGAGAGUACCAAAGCCAAUAGUAAGUCCAAUUUGCAUAAAAAAGGUGGUCACAGCUUUCAGGAAGUAACAAGCCAUCAACGAAAUAUACAAGGGCCACGCUCUGAGAGCCCUAUCGUUGAGAAGACGCUGUAUGUAGAUACUGUAAAUAUUGGCAAACUAUCAGAUUCGAAUUCCAGUUCUUUCGAUACCAAAGAACAAGUCGACUGUGCUGAUGAAAUUUUUGAGACCUUAUUAAAGAGAAGACACAUGGAAGAAACUUCUUCUGCAGAAUAUCCGUUUCAAGACAUCAAAUGCCUGAAUAAUUUCGAGGCUGGUGGCAAAUUGGAAACUGAAGUAUUCGAGUCUGCUGAUGACAACUCAUCUUCAUUAUGUGACAUAUCACACUUCAAAGGCCAAAUAGUUUCAAUGAAGGACUCUCUGCUGGGAAUUGGUCAGGAAAUUGAGGCCUCUAACUAUUCAAACUCUGAUACUAAUGGAAAGCUGGAUAGAAAAAGUGGUCAGAUUAUAACUAUACAGUCUCCUCUUCCCCCACCUCUACCAAGAUCACCUUCCGAGUCUUGGCUUUGGUCCACCCUUUCGUCAAUUUCUUCGCGAAAUUCAUUUUCACACGCGUAUACUAAAAGGCUGGAAUCGGAGACAUCCUCCAUGAGUACCAAGUGGGAAACCAUUGUAAAAACUUCCAAUUCGCGUAAUGAUCAUGUGCGCUACUCUGAGGAAUUAAUUACUCAUUUUUCUCAGCAAUCCUAGAGUAAGAUUUGCCUGGGUCUUCCAAAAUUUUCUUUUUGUUUUGCUGGCUUCGUCGGAAGCGUUGGUUUGAAGAUGAUCCGAGAUAGCUAACUCGAGCUGGCCAAUUUAUUUUUGGAGGCUCUCUUCCUCCAAUUGUUUUCGCUACUGUAUACCAGAUAAGCAACUUGUGUUUUCAGUUUCUGCUUUUGGCUUUUUUUUUUUUUUUUUAACCUUAUCUACAGUUGAGUUCCUCUUACAAAUUCCUUGUAGUUGAAGCAAUUCCCAUAUCAGUAGCUUUUAAUGUGUUGGCUUUUGAUAUUUUUGGAAGUCAAUCACCCUAAAGAUGAUCAUUCAUUUACAUUUUGCUACUGAUCAUUAAAAUAUUUGUAUAUUUCAGGUUUGUAGUUUCUUUGCUUCAGUAAAAGUAUUUGUAUAUUUCUGUGA